AUGGCUACAUUUAAUAAGCAAUUAGUUAUUAUUCAAUGUAAGAAUGUUGGUAAACCUAUAGGCAUAAACAUUAUAAAGAAUUUUCAAGCUUCGGUUACUCGGUUUGCGGAAGGAACAUUAUGUAUUAUUGUUUAUAAUAGUAAGAAACUAAGUAAUCACCGUUAUUAUUUAACUAAAAAUGCAAAAAGUUGGUGGGAAAAUCUAUGUCCUAAAAUUAAGAUUGUUACUGAGAAAACGAUUGUAAAUUGUAUUAAGAAAAAUUUAUUGCAAGGAAGGAUGCCGCAUGAUGAAUUAUAUGGGAAUCAUCAAGGUGUGUCAUAUAAUGACAUGUCAAACGUGAUAACAAAUGAUGGAAAGAUGCCGCAUGAAUUAUAUGGGGAUCAUCGGCUUGGCCAAGGUGCAAAAUCGAUUGAAACAAAUGAUGAUGGAAGGAUGCCUA